UCCGUGAGGCGCAGGCGGAGAUCAGGCCCAAAGACAGUGAAGUGGGGGUUAUUGACAUUCAAAACGCAAGGUCGGUUGUAAGUAUGCACCUACUUACAACUUCGAGCCUUGACAAGUUCAGUUAUUUUGUUUUGAUCUAUCGGCUCAGUACGCUCCGCGCUUGUGACGUAGGCGGUCUGGGCCGUAGUCGACGGUCGUGUUUCGAGUUCGUAAACAAGUACGAUUAAGAGCUGGCCUCUCGCUCAUUACGGGAUGCAAUUGUAGCUGCAGUGCCUGUGUUUCUGUGCCCGCCCUCGGAAAAUUGAAAUUCAUCGCUCUGAAAGUGUCGAGGAGUUUCCAAGCGACACUUGUUGAUUCCUGUGGGAAGUUAACCUAUUUUCGCGCGGGUUUUUUGAAAGUUUUGAUCGCAUCAUCGCGGAUUCCCGUUUCGACGUGCAUAGUGAUGAUACCUGAGCGACGCAACGGUGUCACCAGUUUUAGCCGGUUCGAGCUUUGAAAAAGUGUUAUAUCCGUGAAAAAGUAUUUUAUUAGUGAAUCCUAGCCUGCGCAAAACCUUGAAGAAAUUUUGAUUGAAUUCGUGGCUAAAAUAUUGUCUUUCCUGAUACUGAUUGUGGUUUUUUAAAUGUUAAUUUUGGCGAUUUCCCCUCAAUUUAAUAACCCGUGAUGACGAUUUUUAUAAGUUCCAGCGAUGGUUUAAGAGUAAAGUUCGUUUACUCAUUUAUACGGUGUGUUUCGAUGCGUAAGUGAUCGCUUUUUACUACUUGAAAUCCGAUAUUUUUGUGCGAGUGAUGAUAAGUUAUUAUACGGGCGGAGAUUCUUCAAGAUAUCGAAGAUUUUUCAUGUUUUUAUGUGGAAAACAGAUGAAUACCGGGUCGGAUUUCUUCCAGCAGUUUGUUAAUCGGAGAAACCAACUCUAGUGACUUGUGAGUAUCUUUCAUGCAUGGAUGAGAGAUGGAGCACAUGAUAGUGCCGUGACUUGGUGUGUGAUUUCUAAUGUGCAUCUGCGUAUGUGCUUCAAAAAUUUGGAUUAUUUACAUCUGCACGGACUCAACUCCCAUCAUAGGAACUCCCCUCUUCCAAAAUACUGACUAAGGAGGCAAGUGUCUUUCAGUUUAUUUGCAAAAGUGAUUGUUCUCUGGAGAGAAUGUAAUGUGCGUACGCUAGAAACAUGCUAUUGCUCGUCUUAACAAAAUUCACAAAGAAUCGGACAAAUUUAAUCUCGUGAAAAAAAGGGAUGGUUUUAAGAAAGAGGUAUGUUUCGGCUGUUCCGUUCAUUGGAGGAAUUGCCAUCCUUUGUAGUCUGCUCUCGACAGUCAUAGCUGGGAAAUGUUUGACUGAUAUCAAAGAUGUUGAGCCGAAGCGGUAUCUGAACUACGGAGAUCACGUCCAGAGGAUCAGGAUUGAGACAUCGGAUCGAGUCACACACCAGCUAGCGAGUCAUGUGUUUAAAAUAUUCCUCGACGAUGUGCUGGGCUACGAGCCGUCGGCGGAAAUCGUUUAUGAACCUGAUUACCUCGAUGACACGACCGCUAUUGUUGAGAGACUCUCUGGCGUCUACCUCAAUGAUCUUCAACACCCGGAUUACAGAAUGCCAGACACAAUGGUGAAUCUGGAGACAUGGAUCCCCACAUAUUUCAGAACUCCCCUGUACACCUCAGUUUCGGAUCUUGGAAAUGUAGCUCCACCUGGACGCCUUGGUUGGUUUAUUCAGACAUCACUCGCCAGCAAGAACAUGGAUUUGGACAGCUGGAAAACUUUCAAAGAUCCAGAGAAAGUAAAGAAAUUUGCGUUUGCUCCUGAGGACUUCGGUUACCUUUCAAAUUUUACCAGAGAUAGCACGAAUGACAGAUAUUUCUGUGAAAGUACAUUGGGUUGCCAUCAGAGUGUAUAUACCCCUUCAAGAUGUGUAAACAUGGAGUGUGCCUUAUUCCUCGCAGCCAAAUCAGAGGAGACCGGAUUUGUGAUCAGCGACAUAGAGAAACUAGGUUUGUACGCUCAAGUGGCGUGGGUCGGCCCGAAUCUCGGCCAAAUCGUCUCUCGAAUGGUAGCGAAAUACGAAUCAAUGAGUCCCAUCGUCAAGUCUGUUGUUGUUGUUGGCUGGACUCCCAGUGACGUCAUCCCGGACAUCGCUCGCUUCACCCCCGUCACUUUUCCGCCUUGCAAUUCGAUGGAUAACACCGGUAUCGGAUGCAAAUACGAGAUGCAGAGGCUCGCUAAACUAGCCUGGCCUCAGCUCCAAAAAGUAGCCGAACCGGUUUACGAGGCGGUCAAGCGGUUCGAGUUGAGUCCAAAUGGAUAUCAUGAUAUACUGAACAGUUACCACACAGCUCAGAGCCCUAAAAACAUCUCGGAGAUUGCUUGUACCUGGAUGAAGGCUAACAGAAACACUUGGAAAACAUGGAUACACUUAGAUAAUAAGAACGUGAUUUACAUUGGAGGCAUAUUUCCCCUCGGUAGCACAACGUACAAUGGUAGGGGCAUUUUUGUCGCGGCAGAUAUGGCACGGGCAGCCAUCAAUCGGAAUGAGUCUUUGCUUCAUGGUUACGAGCUGCGAGUAUCCAUCCAAGACGGAAAGUGUGAAACCGAUAAUGUGAUGCGGGCCUUCAUCGAAUACAUGCGUUAUGAAACAUACAAUCGCCUUAUUGGGAUACUCGGUCCUGCUUGUUCAGAGACCCUGGAACCAUUGGCUGGUGUUGCUGUCCACUACCGAACUGUCGUUGUCAGUUACAGUGCCGAAGGUGCCAGUUUUGCCAGCCGUGAAAAAUCUCCGUACUUCUUCCGAACUGUAGGAGAGAACAAGCAGUUCAAGUAUGUUUAUUUACAACUGUUCAAUGCCUUAGAGUGGAAAAAAGUUGCUGCUCUCACGGAGGAUGGUCAGAAAUAUACAGAGUACAUUUCCAAUUUGCAAGAUCUGUUGCAGAAUCAUGGGAUUAACUUUGUUGCAAAUCGUAAAUUUCCCCCAGACAGAGAACCUGAUGCCAUGAGUCAGUAUUUGCUAGAUUUGAAGAGUAAAUCUGCAAGAAUUAUCAUUGCAGACGUAAAUGAAAAAGCCGCCAGGGAAGUUAUGUGUACUGCAUAUCGUUUACGCAUGACUGCAAAAGAAGGUUAUGUCUGGUUUUUACCCCCAUGGCAUGGAAAAUCAUGGUACGACACAGAUCAUUACAACCAAGCUCAUGAGAAUGUUACUUGCACUACAGAUCAAAUGACAGACGCAAUAAAUGGAUACUUCUCUCUAACAACGCAGUUUUUUGGCCCACCUGAGCAAAUGAUGCAGGAAAAUAAAACCAUCGCUCAAUGGCAAAAGGAGUACAAGGCUGAAGUGGCGCGGAGAAAAUUUCAGGAAUCCAACUACGCUGGAUUUGCUUAUGAUGCGGUGUGGAUGUAUGCCUUGGCUAUGAACAAACUCAUUAAAAAAGAUCAUUUUCUGUUUGCUAAUUUUCAUUCAAAUGCAACAACCACGAAGUUUGUGAAGUUAAUGAGUGAAACUGAUUUCUAUGGAGUUUCUGGUCAUAUCUCUUUCAAAGCUGGCAGAUCGAGACCUUCAGUCGUAAACGUUAUGCAGUGGAUAAAUAACAAAACUGUUUUGCUGGGAACCUACCAUCCGAACGCCUCUGAUUCCAUGACCUCCUCUUCGCAAGGAUUCCUCCGGAUGAAUAUUUCUCAGAUUGUGUGGUUAACCUCUGAUGGGAAGAAGCCCGAUGAUGGAACUGUGAUAGAGUAUUGUAUUUUUAGGGGCGUUGCUGAUAUGCUUGAUAUUGAUUGUGGAACUGCCAUUAUCAUCGUUAAUAUCAUCGGUUUUGGGCUCUCAACAGUCAUUCUUUUAGCUUUAUUUCUAACUAUAAGACACAGGUAUGCCAAAAAAAUGGAGUUGGCCCAGAAGUACAUGAGAACUUUGGGAAUCGACUUACUCUCACCGUCAGUUCUGAGUGACCUUGAUAAAUGGGAAAUACCGAGAGAACAUGUUGUUAUCAAUCGGAAGCUAGGAGAAGGAGCCUUUGGAACUGUUUAUGGAGGAGAGGCUUUAUUUGGCUCUGACUGGAUGGCAGUAGCUGUAAAAACUUUAAAAAUAGGAUCUACAACAGAGGAAAAAUUAGAUUUCCUGAGUGAAGCGGAAUUGAUGAAAAGAUUUAAUCAUCCCAACAUCGUAAAGCUGUUAGGAGUGUGCACCAAAAAUGAACCGAUAUACAACGUUAUGGAGUUUAUGCUAUAUGGUGACUUGAAAACAUACUUACUCGCUCGCAGACAUAUAGUGAAUGAGCAAAGUAAAAACGGAGAAGAAUCUGAUGAAGUGUCAAGUAAAAGGCUGACUCAAAUGGCUUUGGAUAUAGCUCGAGCUCUCUCAUACCUAGCUGAAAACAAAUAUGUUCACAGAGAUGUAGCAUCCAGAAACUGUUUGAUAAAUGCACAGAGAACCACAAAACUAGGAGAUUUUGGGAUGACUCGGCCAACUUUUGAAAACGAUUAUUAUAAAUUUAAUAGAAAAGGGAUGCUACCAGUUCGAUGGAUGGCACCAGAAAGUUUAGUCUUGGGUAUAUUUACUCCAGAAUCAGAUGUUUGGUCUUUUGGUGUCUUACUCUACGAAAUUUUAACAUUCGGCAACUUCCCUUUCCAAGGCAUGACAAAUAAUCAAGUUUUGGAGCAUGUCAAAGCAGGCAAUACUCUAGUUAUUCCGGCACAAGUCAAGCCUGAAGUGAAAGAGUUGUUAAAGUCCUGUUGGAACAUCGAAUCUAAAAAGAGACCCAGUGCCUCUACUUUGAUGGAAACGUUGAUUAACAACCCCAGACUUUUGAGUCCAUGUCUAGACACUCCCAUCUCAUCUGUGCAGAUAGAGCAUCCGCAACAUCCAGACUUUGAUGUCAAAUUAACAGAAAAACCAAGGAAACGCUCUGUAGUGUGUAAGCCAAUGCUGAAACGAGGUUUUUCACAACCAAACGCUCCUGUGUGGCCCAUCACUCAAGAGGUAGACGAUUUAAUCGGUUCAAAUUCAUGGAUGAAUGAUUCACGCAUGAAUAAUUCUACUAGGCUCUGGACAAGCGGUAGUUUGAAUCAAGAUAUUAACGCUGGUGCCUCUGAUCCUUUGUUAUUUGAUGAUAGUGGGCCAGCCAAGUACAUUGAGAUGUCAAGAAAGUCUAAUGGCAAUUUAGAAUUCAGUAACUAUGAUAUGAAAAAUGAACAUGACUCUAUUUUAUAGUGUUCCCUGAAGUCUGAAUUGGGUUUCGAAUACUAAAUAAUUUCUCUCUUCUUUUCCUUUUAAAUUUUAUAGUAUCUCUAGAGUUCUCGAUGCAUUUCCUGUAAUGGUGGCCGACCAUGAGUAAUUUUAAAGAUGAAACAAUUCGGCCAUAAGUUGUCUUGGCUCUAUUUGUUCUUGAGAUUCAUAAUGAUUAUUUAUGUCAAACGGCAUCUCUUUAUCGUAUAUUUUAUGUAAAUAUAGAAAAAGGAAUAAUAUUUAUUAGGAAGAUUAUUUUAUGUAGGCAGAUGCUUCAAUAUCCAUGGCUAGGAAGAGAAAAAAAAAAUAUGUAUGAAGCCAUGUAUGCCUGUAUAUCUCAAGUGAUUUUUAUCAAGUUUUCUGCUUUGAAAUUUUUAGAACUUUUAAUAACUUUUACAUUUUCUAGAAAUGUAUGAUCUAAUAAGGAUCUGUGUUGUUUAUUAUGGUUUGAAUGGUCUGAAGAAAAUUAACUAACAGUAUGCUGUAAUUUAUUCCUGUUAGCUCACUGAGAUUAUCGUUAGAACAUUAAUUUCGUCCAAAAUGCUGGAAGGUUUUGGGAAUUACAAUUCUGAGUCUAGUCAUCUAAUCAAAGCCAACUUUUUCAUGUAAUACGUGUUUACCUAAAAUUUUUAGUCAUGUACCGGUGCAAGUCAAUACUGAAAUGAAGACUUGUCAAGUUAUGUGGAAGGUAAAAUAUUUUAAUUGGAAAAUUGUACUAGUUCUUUUCAGCAUGCUCUCUUCAUAGAAGUAUAGUUGACCCCACAGGUAUUAAGGCUUAUUUAUAGUCCCUUUUAGUUUGCAGUGUUUGAUGCAAAAGGAAAAAAUUCCGAUUCACAAAUCUAAUGCAGAGCAAAAUAUGCUUCUUGAAUCAGGUUUUGAACAUUUCAAAUUUUAAAGAAUUUUAUUUCUUGUGUUAAAAUUACUCUCAACUCGUUAAUCACCAAGAAAAUCAUAGGGAUUGUUUGUUGGUUGCUUGGGGCCAAAACAGUCAUAAUGUCUUAGAACGUAUGUUGGAGCGGUCCUGCCAGGCUAGAAAUUAAAUGCUUUUGAGGCUUUUAAUUUCUUUAGGUUUUUUGUCGUUUAUAUUUUUUCUGGUUUACUUGAAUCUAAUAGGCAUCCUAAUACUUAUGUAUUAAGCCUUAAUCAUUUAAAAUAUACAACUGAAGAAUAGCAUUCAUAUGUAGUUAAAGUUAGAAGGAUUUAGAUCUAAACUAGAUGACUUUUUAAUCUGAAAUAUUUGGGUUUUUAUCUGUAAUUUUCUUUCCUAUUUAUUCUUUUGCUGAUGGAUUUUUUUAUUCCUGUCUGUAGACACAAACCAAUUCAGGCUUCAGUGUACAUUUUAAACCCACAGUUGUCAAUCCAAGUCAAAUUUUUUAACAUUAUUGUCUGCAUUUAUGUACCUAAGUCUCACUGUCUCUCAAAAUUUUUUUGGCUGAGUAAAGACUGACUAAAACUAUUAUUUCAUUUUUUAAAGUUUAAAAUUACACAUGUAUUAGGAUCAUAUUUCUAACAGGUUUAUUGGCUCUUGUUAAAGGCUGGUGUCUUUAUUCACUUGUAAAACUAAAAUAGUCAUUGUCUCGGUACAUAGCAAUGUACUUAGACACAAACUUCAAAAAUAUCCAACAAAUUUCUUAUCACUACAGUAAAAACCAUAUUUCAGAAAAAUUCUUCCUCUCAAGAGAUAAACUCUACCUGUGUAGAGUUUAUUUGCGAUCCUUGCAUAAUUAUUUCUAUUCAUUUGUGUGAAUACUUUAAAGUAAGUUUUUCAUCUAGUAUUUACCUAUUUUUCAAAUUACAAGGGUCAUAUGAAAAGUGUGGUUCCCUAUUUUAUAUUUUUUGAACAGAAAGAUGUGAAUCAAACUUGUAGCAAAAAUUAUGUCAGGCAUAUUUUCAGCUUAAGAAAAAAAAAAAAAAAAAAAAAAAAAAAAAAAAAAAAAAAAAAAACCCUCAUUUUUUUA